AUGAGCGAGCAAGGGAGAGUCUUAAGGAAGGGCAUUCUCACCUUCCUUAGUUGGAGGAUCGCAGGUCUUGAGCUGAAGCUAGGUGUCGACAAAGUAGACAUUCUUCGAUGGGAGCUUCGAGGAAGGUGCCGCGGAGUAGGUACGAGUGCGGGAAGUGACCAUGACGAAAUCAUGGCCCUGAAGGGGAAAUCCGUGCCGAAUUCAAUUCGAGAAGUCUCUGACUGCGCUUCCCAGAGAGACAGCGCCUGGCUUUAUAGAUGCGACCGACUCUGCGUCUGCAAAUUGGAGAAAGUUUUUGCAACGGCGCUGCCGGGCAGUCCGUGUCGUCUCGCCUAUCGUGCAAUGUAUGAAUCAUAUACCUAUGGCCCCAAGGUUGGGCCCUCGCGUUCUCGGCAUCCUCGACAUGCGCUGAGCCAUUCUCAGUUGCUCGGUCUCAUCAUCUGUGUCAGUGCAGACUGGGGAGCAUUGUGCGGCACACUUGCCUUCGCGCUGACAUUGAGGAAUGAUCUAAGACUCUCCGGUGCCAAAAAAAUCGCUGGCUUAGAUGCCUCCACUUUCGGAGGCAAAUCCCUCCAGGUAUGGAGGCGUCUAAGCCAACCCAACAUCGUGUAUAGGGAAGAUAUACAAUCUUACCCCCGGAAUGCCUUCUUGCAUUCUCAGCAACAAUUCUCCCCAAACGAUUCGAAAGUCUCAGAAAUGUCCAGUUUGAAUUUCAAAAUUGGUUCGGCAUCAAUCGCCACGACUACAGCAAGCUUAAUUUCUUCCCCGCUCCCAUCUCAAGCACCGAUGGUAUGUGAGGUUCUUGCCCAUAUGAAGGGGUUGAAGAAUCCGAGAGUAAUUAUUGCUGAUAAUGUGUUCAGCAUUAGAUUUCAUGAAUUGGAUAAGAAUAGUUACUGCGACCUAGUUUUAAAGCCUCUGGAGGCUGUAAGUGUGAGAGGUAAACAUCAAAUUGAGGUUGAGAUGGAAUGGAAAUCGAAAAGGUAUCCGAAUCCGAAGGUGGUGGGACAAUGGGAGAGAGUAAUUGAAGGCGAAGAACGUGAGCUACUGCUUACGAAAUUCCUUGCUCACGGUAUGAAGAUUCUCUAUACUUUCUUACUUCGCUUGGCAUUUCAACUCUCAAGACAGAAGCAAAAGAUCAGUGCGAAUACAGAAUACCUUAGUGACAAAUUGGCAAUGGCUUUAAGCCCACAGAUCGUAUUUUGGUCCUGGGAAGCGAUCAACCAUAAAAUAGAGAAGCACUACGAAAAGAACGCUCACUACAAGCGGAGGCUGAAGUGGAGUUCUAGGAAAAAGAGCACUCGCCCUGCCCUUUGGGAGAUAGUGUACAAGGAGUAUAUUAACACCGAAACCAUUUAUAUUGCCAUCACUUUGUUGGCAAAGGGUCACAGGGGCGCAUUGGAAGGGAAGUUGAAAAAAACGGAGGGGCAUCACAAAGAUAGAAUUUCCUAUCCCAAGUCAGACUGGUUGGAAGAAUACAGAGCGGAAAGGGUGCUCUUUUUUGCUGAGGGGACUUUGAGCGGUUCGGCAAAUGAGGCUUGUGCUUACCGCAAGAAAAACAGUCCUUCUGGGGAUGCAACCAAAAUAGACUUAGCGUCUUUCCAAUGCGGAUUUGAAACGACAAUGGUGUUGGGUUCCCGAAUGCCAAUGUACAGUUACUCGCCACACGCCAUGCCCGUAGCACAUAGAACACAGCACCCGUUACCCAACUUGAAAGGUUGUCUCGAAUCGGAGACCGAGAAACGAUGCUCGAACAUGGAAAGUUCGAAGCUAGAGCUGAGGAGACGAGAAACGCCAAUCGACUUCCUUUCGGACUCCAAUCCUGCGAACGCGAAUGCGAUAAAGAUUUGA